AUGCUCCUGGCUGUUGUGUGCUGCCUGCUGGGGCUCCUCCAGUUCUCGGCGGGCCACUUCCCUCGAGCCUGUGCCUCCUCCCAGAGCCUGCAGGAGAAGGCGUGCUGCCCGCCCUGGGAGGGCGACGGGAGCCCCUGCGGCCGGCGCUCGGGCAGAGGAGCCUGCGAAGCCAUCCUUCUGUCCAACGCACCGCUGGCGCCUCUACUCCCCUUCCGAGGCGUGGAUGACCGGGAGUCGUGGCCAUCUGUGUUUUACAACAGGACCUGCCAGUGCUCUGGCAACUUCAUGGGAUUCAACUGUGGAAAUUGCAGGUUUGGGUUUGGAGGAGCAAACUGCACAGAGAAGCGAUUGUUGGUGAGAAAAAACAUCUAUGAUCUCAGUGUUUCCGAGAAGGAGAAAUUCUUUGCCUACCUCACGUUAGCAAAGCAUACCAUCAGCCCAGACUAUGUCAUUCCCGUAGGGACCUACAGCCAGAUGAAAAACGGGUCCGCACCCAUGUUCCAGGACAUCAGCAUCUAUGACCUCUUCGUCUGGAUGCAUUACUACGUGUCAAUGGACACAUUCCUCGGGGAAUCUGAAAUCUGGACAGACAUCGACUUUGCCCACGAAGCCCCGGGCUUCCUGCCUUGGCAUAGGCUGUUCUUGCUGCUGUGGGAAGAAGAAAUCCAGAAGCUGACCGGAGAUAAGGAUUUUACCAUUCCCUACUGGGACUGGAGGGAUGCAAAAGGCUGCGAUAUUUGCACCGAUGAAUACAUGGGGGGCCGUCACCCUGCCAACCCCAACCUGCUCAGUCCAGUGUCCUUCUUUUCCUCUUGGCAGAUUGUCUGUAGCCGACUGGAGGAGUACAACCGUCGUCGCGUGUUAUGUGACGGGACUCCGGAGGGGCCCAUCCUCCGCAACCCCGGAAACCAUGACAAAUCCAAGACCCCAAGGCUCCCCUCUUCAGCUGAUGUGGAAUUUUGCCUCAAUUUGACACAGUAUGAAUCUGACCCCAUGAAUAAAGCUGCCAAUUUCAGCUUUAGAAACACCCUGGAAGGAUUUGCUAAUCCACAGACUGGGCUAGCAGAUGCCUCUCAAAGCAGCAUGCACAAUGCCUUGCACAUAUAUAUGAAUGGAACGAUGUCCAAAGUACAGGGAUCAGCCAACGACCCCAUUUUUCUCCUACAUCAUGCAUUUGUUGACAGCAUUUUUGAACAAUGGCUCCGAAGGCACCACCCUCUUCAAGAAGUUUACCCAGCAGCCAAUGCCCCCAUCGGGCAUAACAGGGAUUCCUACAUGGUUCCUUUCAUACCCCUCUACAGAAACGGUGACUUCUUUAUCUCAUCCAAAGAUCUGGGCUAUGACUAUAGCUACCUACAAGACUCAGAUUCAGACUUUUUUCGACAUUACAUCCAGCCCUACUUGGACCAGGCGGCCGGGAUGUGGCCCUGGCUGGUUGGGGCGGCUCUGGUAGGGGCUGUCCUGUCCGCGGUGCUGGCCUGGCUCGCUCGCCAGCUGUGCGGUUGCAAGAGGAAGGAGCUCCCCGAGGAAAGGCGGCCUCUCCUCAUGGACAAAGAGGAAGCCCACAGCCUGCUGUACCAGAGCCGUCUGUAGACAGCCC